AGCAUUACCGGCUCAACUGGGAGCCGUCGUCGUGAGUCGUGAGGCAUUAACGAGAGAGGGCCGAAUCGUAGGGAACCCAUCUGUGUCGUCCACACGACUCUCUCAGGUCGGGAUUUUGCCGGGCGAAGCAAGAGAAGGAGUACUUUUUGCAGGCGGAGAGUUUCUUACAUAGUAUUCUUGAAUCUCCCUUUUUUUGGAAAAGUGCUGUGAAAAAGGGGGAAUGGAAUUCUUCUUUCGAGGGAUAAAUGAGGAGUCACUGUCAACUGAGCGACCCUUUGAUCUUCAGGAUAUUCAAAGAUGCCCUUUCUUGAGGAAUAUCAAUGAACCCACAAGCUUUUCCUUCUCUACAGGGAAUUUCCCCAUGCCUGUGCGGGGUGCCAAAGGUCCUAUUUUUGAAGAUGGUCCUAACUUUGAUCUGGCAUUUAGGCUUUUUCAUGGGCGGGAUGGAGUGGUCCCACUUUCUGGGAGGUCAUAUUCACAUUCUGAUAAUCUGAGGCCUGAACCCACACCCCAGUUUAAUCCCUUAGCAGCAAAAGCAGCUACUAUCAGUUUAUCAGCAUUUGGUCCAGGAGGGGGGCCCUUCAACUUUGAUUUCUUCUCUGGGAAAUGGAAGCAGCAGCAAAAGAAAUCCAAGUCAUCCAACAAGAAAGAACAGUCUUCACAGGGAGGAGAUUCGUCAAAACAUGAGGCUAUGAGCAACGAGUGGCUGGAGACUGGAAACUGCCCAAUUGCCAAGUCCUACAGAGCUGUGAGUCGUGUGCUGCCACUUGUUGCCAAGGCUCUUCAGCCCCCACAAGGCAUGAAGCUCAAGUGUCCACCUGCUGUGGUUGCCGCACGAGCAGCACUAGCUCGGACAGCUCUUGUGAAGAACCUCCGGCCCCAGCCUUUACCUGCAAAGAUGCUGGCGAUUGCUGUAUUAGGCAUGGCAGCCAAUGUACCCUUGGGAGUAUGGAGAGAACAUACUCGAAAGUUCUCGCCAUCCUGGUUUGUGGCAGUGCAUGCAGCCGUUCCCUUCAUAGCCAUGCUUAGGAAGUCUGUCAUGAUGCCAAAGACAGCCAUGGCCAUUACAAUUGCAGCUUCAAUCCUUGGACAGAUUAUAGGCUCCAGAGCAGAAAGGGUCCGGAUGAAAGCUAUAGCUGAAAAGGGAAGGUUGUUAACAGAACUGGAAACUAAAGCAUGUGCCAUUACUGAACCUAUUCCACAUCAGAUUGGUGACAUUAAAGUUGGACAUUGCGGUGAUGAGAGGAUGAUAUGGGACCCGCUUCCACUCAAGGCAUCUGGACCUACUUCAUCUGCAGAUGUUUGUUUCUGAUUUUCAAUGCUUUGUUCUAUGAUGUGCUGUACCAUGUUCAUUUGAAAGAUUAAACUGCAGGUCCUGCAGUCUGUGGCAGAUUGUGAGUGAUUGCAAUUUAGGAAGAAAAAGAGAAACUGAGAAUGAAAGAAUAAGGAAAGAGUCUUCUCACUUGUAGUGACUUCUCACUUGUAGUGAUGUUAUGCAAUAUUUUUUUUUAUGUUUUGUUUUAUUUUGUGCUUCUAUCCACACAAUUAAAGAUAUCUUAUGGUUGAUUCCAUAUAAAGUUCACUCUUGUAAUUUCGUUCA